CCGUCACGUACACACCACGGCCUCGAGCGUCACCGCAAAAGUACAGGCACACCUGUAUCCCCGCUCCGGCGCCCCGGGAGCUCACUGUGCCACCCCUCCUCUGCAGGAGGGCAGAGACCACACCUCCGCCACACUGAGGAGCGCUCUCACUGCUGACAUUUGGAGAGAAACGUGUUUCGUCUGCAGGACAGUUUGUCCGUAAAUUUGCUGCAGAAAGAAGAAAAAAGCCUGAAGCAGAAAAGAAAAAGCAGAGCUGUUAUGUAAAGAGAGAAGAUGCCAGAAUAAACCAGAGGGGAGGAUGGGAUGACAGGGUUUGCACCCAAAAAGGAGGGUCAGCAGAUUGUUGGGAGAUCACGAUCAAAGGUCUACCAUUGCAUUUAUCACUGCGCAUGAUAAAUGAACAUCUCAACUCUUGGUAGCAUGAAAUCAGACAAAGAAAACUCCUUUGAGGCUCCUGAAGAAAUGGACAGCAGUAAAACACUGUCUGUGAAAACAAAGAUACAGCUGGAGAGGUUACUGGAGGACCUGGGCUUGGAGCAGUACUACAGAGAGAAACUAUCACUCAGCAAAAUACUUGAGCUCAAAAAGAGGACCAUCACUGAUGAACCUGCAAAGUGUAAAUCAGACCAACUAUGGCAUUUUCUAAGGAAACUGAUGAUGGUUAAUGUGACAGCUAGAAAUGUGACAUAUACCUCAGAGUGUGACUCAAGCAGUGAUGAGGAAUCAGGAAGUACAGAGUUUGAUUCUGACAGUCCAAACACAGAUGACAAGGUGAACCCUCUUGAUAUAAUCACUGCUCUCUUUCUGUGUUCUGAUGGUUUCCUACAGCAGGAAAUGGCACUAAAAAUCUCCAUGUGUCAGUUCUCUGUUCCUCUGCUGCUUCCCAACUGUGACACCAAUCAGUGCACACUCAUGCUGUGGGCCAUGAGGGACAUUGUUAAAAAGUACAGACCUCAGUCUCUGUCAGAGUCCAAGGGCUUCAUUGAAGACAGAAUCGUUCUCUCUGAACUUCCAAUGAUCUCUUUUGUCAGACUGGGUGAGUGCUCCUCAUCCAAGUCAGAGAUUCUCAAUAAGCUUCUGAGCAGUUCUCAGCAGUACCAUGACACCUUUGUUCAUCACAACAUGGAGUGUGGUGACAGUCCAAGAAGAAUAUCCAACGGACUGACUGAAAUUACUUGGUAUCUUCCUUGUGGAAACACAAACAUUGAUAUUUUCAGUCAGCCAGUGGCUGUAGCUAACCUUCGUGGGGACAUUGCAAGCUUUCAAACACAAUACUCCUUUCUGUGUCAGACAUCUGCAGCAAUAUUUGUGUUCUUUGACCAUUUAGGCUCUGAAUCUGAAUUCAGUCUCCUUACCAAUGAACAGCACAAGGCACAGAUCUUCUUAGUGGGUAACUAUUACAGCAAGCGCUUCAGUAAAGAUGCUUUAAAAAAAGUAGCAACUGAGUUGGGCUUGACUAAUGACAACAUAAUUAUUAGGAAGAAACAGAAAAAUGAAGCAGACUUUGUGAAAAGUUUAAGAAAAAGAGUCAGAGAUGUAGUUGAGAACUCAACGAUAAAGAUGUCAAUAGAGCAGAUGGCAGACAUUGCCCAUGAACUGGGAAUCCUGGUUGAUGAAGACUCUCCAGAGUGCCAGACUGCAAAGAAAAAUGCAGAAGCCAUCACUGCUGAAAUUCAAGACAUCCUCAAAUACAAAGACAAUCACCUUCCACGACAAGGUGAAAUAUGGAAAGAACUGACCUGCUUAGAGAAGGAAGAAUUUCGACUUCGAAAAGUUGACUGUAGAAAUAUUGAAGACUACAAGAGUGAACUUCAGCUGAUGAAAAAACAACUGAGGAAAAAGCAGAACUCCUAUGACAUGUCAAGAGCUAUGACAUGGUUCAUUAAUGCAAUAUCAAGCCCAGGAACAGAGAGGUUUUAUUUCCUGAAAUGGAUGCGAAUGAACCUGGAUAACCUGUCUCGUAUAAAACUGUCUGAACUUCGGGAGAAAUAUAAAGAAAAAAGCAAGAACUCUGAGAACAAAGAGGAGAUCAAAGAAAUUGACAGACAAAUUUCCAACAGCUCACUGGGGACUGAACACUUCUUCCGUGAAAUGGGUCAGAUCUAUGAAGCUUCACUGUCCCUUCCAGAAACAGAUCCAGCACGUCAACAGUUGCAGCAUCUGCCCAAACUGUGUGCAGAGUUGUUGCUUGAUGGAUUUCCUCUUGAGCUUGUAGAUGGAGAUGCAUCCAACAUCCCUCUCAGAUGGGUGAGUGAUGUUCUCUCUCAGCUCAGUGACUUGGUGUCGUCAAACAGAAAGAUCCUGGUAGUCACAGUUCUUGGAGUUCAGAGCACAGGAAAGUCCACUCUCCUUAACACCAUGUUUGGAGUGCAGUUUGCAGUCAGCAGUGGUCGAUGUACUCGAGGUGCCUUUAUGUUGCUCAUCAAAAUCAAUGAAGACAUGAAAAAAGUCCUAAACUGUGACUUCAUGCUGAUCAUUGACACUGAGGGCUUAAAGUCAUCAGAACUUGCACAACUGGACAACAGCUAUGAGCACGACAAUGAGCUUGCUACACUUGUUGUUGGGCUGAGUGAUGUCACCAUUGUUAAUAUCGCAAUGGAGAAUUUAACUGAAAUGAAGGACAUCCUACAAAUAGUUGUGCAUGCUUUUCUCAGGAUGAAGGAGGUGGGCAAAAAGCCAAAAUGUGUGUUUGUUCACCAGAAUGUGUCGGAUGUUUCAGCCCAUGAGAAGAACUCACGAGACAGGAAACUGCUCCUGGAACAGUUAAAUGAGAUGACCCAGGCAGCAGCCAAAAUGGAAAAGAAAGAGGAGAACAAGAGCUUCACUGAUGUGAUGGAGUACAGUCCAGACACUGGGAACUGGUACAUUCCUGGACUCUGGAAUGGAAACCCACCAAUGGCACCAGUCAAUGCAGGCUACAGUGAGGCUGUAUAUGAGCUCAAGAAACACAUCAUCCAACUGCUGGGAAACUGUGAGUCAUCUGCUAAUGAUGUCAUGGAGUUUAAAGAGUGGAUGAGAAGUCUGUGGACUGCAGUAAAGUAUGAAAACUUCAUCUUCAGGUUCAGAAACAGCCUCGUAGCUGAUGCAUACAUGAGACUCUGCACAGAAUUCAACAAAUGGGAGUGGGAAUUCAGAAAAGAAAUGUACACCUGGGUAACAAACGCGGAAACAAGAAUUUCCAAUUUUGGGACAAUUGCUACAAAAUCUGAAUCUUCUGACAUGAGAGAAUUUCUCACAUGUUUGAAAAGUGAAGCCUCCACAGUGCUGUCUGCAUGGGAGACAAGAUGUUUAGGAAAUCUGAGAAAAUAUUUUUGGCAAACAGAGCCUCAUGUUUAUCUGGUUCAAAGAUACAAAGAGGAAUUCGCAAACAGUUCAAAGAGCCUUGGAAAAAAAUUGGAGAGAUCUGUUUUUAAUCAGCUCACAGCAGCAGCAGAAAACAGAGAGGGGAUGACAGAAAUUGAUAAAAUCAAAGAAAAUCAUGCACAAGAGAUUGAAAAGGUAGUUCAUGUGUUAAUAGAUACAUGCAGAAAGAAAAAGGCCCAGAUGAAAGACAAAGAGCUGGACAAAGAGUUUGAUAAGAUGUGGAAUGAAACACUGGAGAAACUUUCUUUUUCUAAACAAAAGAUCACAAAUGUCUUCACCAGCGUAUCUCACUACCUGAGAAUCAAUCUGUCACACAGGGGGAGUCAUGCAUGUGAAUUAUUAAGCUACAAAAGUCUGCAGGAUUGUGGAAAAGAGCCUUUCAAAUAUACAACUGAAGGAUCCUACAACAAAAUUAAACAUAAUCUCAGCAAGUGGUACAACAUUGACGAUCAUAUAAUGGCUGCACAUCAACUGGCUGACAGCAUCAUCAAUGAUUGCGCUGAUUUUGUGAGAGAAAGAGUGAAAAGGAAAAACAAUUACUCUGAUACUUAUAUCCAGGAGAUCCUACACAUCAUUGAUGAGAAACUACAAAACAAUCAAGAUGUUAGGACAGAAAUAGAGUUUGAAGUUUCUCUGAAACAGCACAUCGGUGGAUUUGCAGCCAGAGAGUUUCAGAAAAUGCACGAAGAUUUCGUCCAAGCAAAUGAUCCCUACAGAUGUCUGAUGAAAUACAAGGAAAGGUUUUGUGAUGAUUUUAAAGAUGUGUUCCAUGAACAAGACCAGUGUCAGAAGAAGGCAGAAGAAUUCACCAACCGAUGUUUGAAGCCUGCUGUUGAAGAUUUUAUCAGUCGAUCCCUGGGACCUGAUAUCACUGGUGAAAUGCUGACAUGUGAGCAGUUCAGCACACGAAUGUCCUUCCAGUAUUCAGUUCUAUUGGAUCUGCUUUCAAAGGAUGAUUUUAAAAACUAUGUGAGCUAUAUUUGCUCAUAUGAGAAGUAUGUCAAGACAUGGAUACUCAACAAAAUAGUGGAGCGCUUUUCAUCUAUGUCAACAAUAUCUCAGUUUGAGGACCGACAUCUUCAGUCCUGUAUCAGAAGCUUAUAUGAUGCAAUCAAAGAGGCCCAAAGAGGAAUGGGUGAAGAUUUGAAGACAUUUAUUGAAGAUAUUUGUAAAGAACUUGGUGAUAAACUUGUCAUUUCCAAAGAUGCUCUUGGUGCUUUCAUGAUCCUGAACAAUGCUGACAAAGAACAGUUUGCUGACUGGCUCACAGUGUCUGUGAAUGAGAUGGCACAAGAUCUGAGAAUGAAGUUUAAAAAUGUAAAUACUGAAAUGAAACUACAGUAUCUCCAUGUGCAGCCCCAGAAUGAGCUUUUCAACAAACUGGUUGGUUGUGGCAAACAGUGUCCAUUCUGCAAAGCUCCCUGUGAUGCAGGAGGAAGAGCUCAUACUGAGCACUACGCUGUACUGCAUCGGCCUCGAGGUCUGGGAGGUUUCAGUUGGCCAAAUACACAAAAACUUGUCACUGACAUAUGCUCUUUUCUUGUAAUGAGUGACCAACAUUUUUGCUGCAGUGCUACAAACCAUAAAUGGCACUCCUACAAGAGUUACAGGGACAUUUACCCAGACUGGAAAAUCCCUCCAGAUGUGAGCCUUGAGGCAUCAGACUACUGGAAAUAUGUGAUAGCAAAGUACAACAAUAAUUUUGCCAAAGAAUUGAAUGCAAAACCUGCUGAUAUUCCAUUAGCCUGGAUUGUAAUCACAAAACAGCAGGCAGAAAAAAGUCUCAAAGAGUCUUUUUACAUUCGAUGAGAUUACUGCAAUUUCAACUAAUUUUCUUGUUGAAGGAAAAUAAAAUAAAAUAUCCAAAUAUAAUACUAGACAAAACUAAAGGUAUUAUUAAUGGACAUAUAUGUUCAAGCAUUAUACUCUGUUUUUCUUUUAAGUAGAUGUCACGUAAGAACCUUAAUAAGUUGCUCUUGUUUAUGAUCAAUAUUUAGAUUUAUGUUUCACAAAAAUCAUUCAGUCUGUAUGUCGUGUUGCAUUAGUAAGACAACAAAUCAACAAGAAACACACUCAGGGAGUGUGUGAGUUAUCUGACAUCAAAUAAAAUUUACAUCUGUGCA